AUGGCUUUGAGGCCAAGAGCACCUACAUUUAGAGCACAACCACCCCUUCAACCUCUCUAUGAAUAUUUCCAGCCCAAGUCAGAGAUGAAGGAAAACGAUGAAGCACACCUUCUUCAUGUUUAUCUUCCUGGUUUUAUUAAGGAGAGGAUAACGAUCAAUUUUGUGGGAUCUUCCCGAGUGUUGAGGGUUAGAGGAGAACGUUCAAUUGAUGGUGGCAAUAGAUGGAGCCGUUUUGAGCAAACAUAUCCUGUUCCAGAAAAUUGUGAGGUUGAGAAACUUGAAGGUAAGUUUGAAAGAGGAAUUCUCAUUGUUACUAUGCCAAAGAAGUUGAUUUCACAAGUUACACCUAAAGCAAAAGUAGAAAAAACCCAAGAAAAAGGUCCAAGUCCUUCAAAGAAAGUUGUGACUGAGCCAGAGCCUAAAAUAGCCGAGGAAGCCAUUCCUCCAAAAUCUACAACUACUCCAAGUAUUGUGAAAGGCUCAACUGACUUAAAGGGUACUCAAAAAGACACUCCUCUAGCUCAAAAUGAUAAGGGAUUGAGAACUUUGAACCUUUCAGAACCCGUUUUGGAGCCUAGACCUCAAAAUGUUAAGGAGGAAACUGCACUAAAAAGUACCACAGUAGCUGCAACCCCAAAAGAACAAAAGGGUAUGCCUCAAAAGGGUCAAGAGGAGAUUGAGCCAAAACCAACAUUAACAAUGGAUUCAAGGAAGAAAAUAAAUGAAAACCUUGAAGAGGAUAUUAGGCAAAAGACCAUAUUAGCAACAGUGAAAAAGCAAUUACAUGAAGAGGCUGAGAAGGAAGGUGUCACAAAAAAGGAAGUUAAAGAAGAAGAUGAGAAGCCUUAUGAGACAAGAAAACCAGAGAAAGUAAUGGAUCAGAAUGUGGUUUUUAAAGGAAAAGAAAUCAGGGCAAGAAAAGAGUCACCAAAGGAAGCAAAAUAUUCUGCUAAAAAGGAGGAUGAGAUCUACACUAUAGGGAAGGGAAUCAAAGAACUGGCUGCUUCUUCUUCACGGCUUGUGACAAGUAUUGGAGAAGGAAAAUUGAAUGAACAAGACAAGCCUUUAGUUGCAAAUAUGGGUGCUGCAAUUCUAGUAAUUGUAGCACUGGGAACUUAUGUAGCCUAUAAGCUUGCCUCUUCUGGAAGAACUGAAAACUAG